GGGAUCCAGGACGCGCUUUGUGUUCUAUUUGAAGCGGACGGUCCCAGAGAGAACAUCAACUCUGAUAUGCAAGUGCAUUCAGCUGACGAGUUCCAAAUAGGACGAAACACGCGUCAAACUGGCUAACUUCUGGCUUAUCAUCAUGGCUUAUAAUGAUAAUACGUUUAAAGUUGUAGAUUCAAGGUAUUGUGGUUACGGAGAAAAGACAUUAUAUGAGAAAAAUCUAUUUAGUUUAUUGAAAGCAUAUCAUAACUUGAAAAGUUGUCUAAUGAAAUCCUUCAGAGAGAAAAACUCUUUAACUUGUAAGUUGUCAUUGUCUUUUCCAGCCGCCUCACCAUUUGUGGAUGUUUUGAAACUAACUACACUGUCUGGGUCAUAUGAAUGUCUAUUUAUAAAUUCACUUGAUUUUUUAAAGCAGUUUACAUUGACCUCACAAAGUGAUCACUUUCUGAACUCAUCUCUGAAUAUUAUUCUGAGAGACUACCAUGGGGAACCGGAAAGCACUGGGCAGCUGUUUCGUCUUAGUAUGGGACUCCUCAGUUGUGUGUGUCCACGAUCCUGCCCCUCGGGACUAUAUUAUUUCCCUUCAUCAAAUUUUUGAUCAUUCAGAAACUUUCUUCCUACUCAUACUAUGAGUUAAUCAUUCUUCUAUGUUUCAACAUACUAUCUUCGUUGUUAAUUAACUGUAAAUAUAAUUCCACAGCUUGUUAAAUGAUAUUGUCUAAAAGAAAGUUUGUUUUAAUGGAUUGCCUUUCAUUCUUUUUCAAUGACACCAUGGGUUAGUUUUGUUAUUACUUCUUUGUUCGAAAUAAUAGGUGAUGCGAGUUUCUUAAGUUCG